ACUGAGUAGGAAUGUCAGUGUCAGUGACUGCAAAAAUGAAGCAGUGAGUUCAGUGCUUAUACUUCAGGUGUCAAGCAGUGACUGGCCAGACUUGUUAAUAUGGAUGAAUGAAGUGGCAUUAGUCUUUCUAGCAGAACUUAUGCUUAAAGCUUUAUUUCUCUGUUUCCACAUACAGGCCUGAAGUCAAGUUUCUUAUCUAGGAAGAAGAGAAGCAGAAGAACAGCAUGUAAAAAGAGUGUGUAUGAGGAGUAUCUCCAGGAUUCAGCAGGAUCUCCAGCAUCUCCAGGAUUCGGCUGUGUGUCUAUGAAGAGCAACAUGUCCAUGUUUGAGCCUCCUGAUCUCAGUGGUUUUGACCCUCAGAGAGCAGCAUCUCCAGGAUUCGGCUGUGUGUCUAUGAAGAGCAACAGAUCCAUGUUUGAGCCCCCUGAUCUCAGUGGUUUUGACCCUCAGAGAGCAGCAUCUCCAGGAUUCAGCCGUGUGUCAGUGAAGAGUAACAACUCCAUGAUUAUUCCCCCUGAUCUCAGUGGUUUUGACCCUCAGAGUGUAGCAUCUCCAGGAUUCAGCUGUGUGUCAGUGAAGAGUAACAACUCCAUGAUUAUUCCCCCUGAUCUCAGUGGUUUUGACCCUCAGAGAGCAGCAUCUCCAGGAUUCGGCUGUGUGUCUAUGAAGAGCAAUAGAUCCAUGUUUGAGCCCCCUGAUCUCAGUGGUUUUGACCCUCAGAGAGCAGCAUCUCCAGGAUUCGGCUGUGUGUCUAUGAAGAGCAACAUGUCCAUGUUUGAGCCUCCUGAUCUCAGUGGUUUUGACCCUCAGAGAGCAGCAUCUCCAGGAUUCGGCUGUGUGUCUAUGAAGAGCAACAGAUCCAUGUUUGAGCCCCCUGAUCUCAGUGGCUUUGAUCCUCAGAGAGCAGCAUCUCCAGGAUUCAGCCGUGUGUCAGUGAAGAGUAACAACUCCAUGGGUAUGCCCCCUGAUCUCAGUGGUUUUGACCCUCAGAGAGCAGCAUCUCCAGGAUUCAGCCGUUGUGUCAGUGAAGAGUAA